AUGGCGUUCUCCUGGAUUUUAUCGUACCCUGUUACGAGUCUCCUGGUCGCAUACAUUGCCUAUCUCGGUGGCUUGGUCAUCUACCGGCUCUACUUUCACCCUUUGGCGAAGUUCCCUGGACCCAAAUAUGCGGCAAUCAGCAGAUGGCAUGAGUUCUACUAUGAAGUGGUGAAAAAGGGACAAUUCACGUUCAAAGUCCAAGAAUACCACAAGCGAUAUGGGCCAAUCGUCCGCAUCGUUCCCGAUGAAAUUCACAUUCAAGACUCCCAGUUCUAUGACACGUUGUACGCGAAAGCUGGUCGAGUCGACAAGUAUGAUUGGAUGGCUGGCCGCUUUGGCUGCGACACAUCGGUCUUCACAACCGGGCCUGACGAAUUGCAUCGGAUCCGCCGUGGUGCGCUCAACCCUCUAUUCUCUCGCGCCCGGAUUGUCGACCUACAAACCAUCAUCAGGGAGAAGAUCAGUCUCCUUCUCGACCGGCUCCGUGAGUUCCGAACAGAAGGGAGAAUUCUGCCUAUCAAUCGCGCUUUCAUGGCACUGACCGGCGAUGUGGUGAUGGAAUAUUGCUUCUCAAUGACCUACGACCACUUGAAGCUGCCUAAUUUCGAGAAGACGCUGCACGAGCCGUUCAUGGCAGCCAGUAUCAGCGGCCACCUCUCGCUUCAGUGUCCCUGGGUGCCCAAAUUACUGUUCAUGCUGCCUGAAUCGGUCCUUGUCAAGAUCGAGCCACUUUAUGCUCUUGUUUUUCGAAUGCAAGCUGACUUCCGCAAGCAAAUCACCGCCAUGAAAGAGGGUAAAAUGGAUGACUUGAUAAAGGAGUCCAGCCAUCCGACCGUCUUCCAAGAACUCAUCUCUGGCAGCAUGCCACCGUCUGAGAAAGAGACGCGGCGCCUGCAAGAUGAAGCACAACUUGUUGUCGCCGCUGGUGUGACAACUACAGGCUGGGCGCUAAGUACGGCAACCUUCCACUUGCUCAACAAUCCCCACACUUUGGCCAAGCUUCGCGCUGAGUUGGAGUCUGCCAUGCCCGACCCGACCGCUCCAUUGUCCUGGUCCGAGCUCGAAAAGUUGCCUUACCUGACCGGCUGUGUGCGCGAGGCUGUUCGGCUAUCCUACGCCGUGACCACACGCAAUCCCCGACUGUUCAAUAAGCCCCUCGCCUACAAAGAUUGGGUGAUCCCGGCACGUACGCCCGUGUCCAUGACCAUCGUUGAUGUGAAUGACGAUGAAGAUAUCUUUCCAGACCCGCGCGAGUUCAAGCCCGAGAGAUGGAUCAAUCCACCCAAGACGAAGGAUGGAAGUAGCCUGGAGAGAUAUUUUGUCGGUUUCGGGAAGGGGACCAGGAGUUGUUUGGGGAUCAAUCUCGCCCACGCCGAGCUCUAUAUGACCCUUGCCGCCGUCUUCCGCAAUUUCCGAUUCGAGCUGUACGACACUGAUAUCACGGACGUCGAGCUCGCGCAUGAUUUCUUCCUGCCGAGUCCAAGACUAGACAGUAAUGGUGUUAGGGUCAAGGUGCUGGAGAAGGAGUAG